AUGGGCUACUUCGACCAGGCAUCUGAUUUCACCAUUGAUGGUGGAACCAUGAACGACGUGGCGGGCGACUACGUCACGAACAACGACACCAAGAACGAUAAUCGCAGCAACUGCAACAACAAGAGCCAGUCGACAGUCAGGAACUCUCACAACGACCAUUCCAAGAAGGUCGUAGCAGGAGGGAAAACGACCAAUAAUAACAACGGAGGGGGGUCGUUCUACCAGGCUAAUGGAGAGCAGAACAUAUACGCAUCGCCGCCAGUUCCACAGGCUAGGCCGGAGAGGUCUAUAAGAGCGAUGGUUGCCAACCCUCCUAGACGAACCAUGGGGGCAGCCAGGUUAGCAGCCAGAGGAGGAGGGGUGGCACGCCCUCGUCAGGCUAUCGAUCAGCGUCCCUACAACCCUACUUAUUCCCUUCCUCCAUCCCCGCCUCCUCAGGAGGCCUGGCCGGAAUAUGCAUCGCCUCCUCCGAGGUUUAAGAGCAACAAUCCGUUCGCCAAGUUGGCCCAAGGUUAUGCAGAGCAGCCCCGCGCGGCCGAACGACCGCCGUUCUGGGAAGCCAAGACAACGACCAACUAUGGGGAUGACGAUGACUGGUUUGCUUAA